GCCAAGUUCAGUGCUGUUGUGAACAAUGGCGACCAUGGCGACGUUUCUAUCGAACGUGUGACAUCUCGGAAAAUAAAUAAUAAUUAUAACAACAAUAAUAAUAAUAACAAUAACUCAUCGUGUAAUUUAUAAACUAAAGUAAUUACAGUUAAUCAACGCAUAUUACUGUACAUAAUAAAAUAAUAAAUAGUGAUAAAUAUAAAUAAUUAAAUGAAUAAAUGGUAAUAAAAUCUAACGAAUGUUGAUAUACAAUGGCGGUAAAUGCCAAUGUACUCUCAAGCGACAUAAGUAGACGAAAUCCACAAGAUGAAUAUGAACUCAUUCAAAGAAUUGGUAGCGGAACUUACGGUGAUGUUUACAAGGCUAAAAGACUGUCCAUGAAUGAUCUUGCUGCGAUAAAGGUUAUCAAGUUGGAACCAGGCGACGACUUUGCUAUCAUACAGCAGGAAAUUUUAAUGAUGAAAGAUUGUCGACAUCAAAAUAUUAUUGCUUACUAUGGCAGUUAUUUGAGACGUGAUAAAUUGUGGAUUUGUAUGGAAUACUGUGGUGGUGGUUCAUUACAAGAUAUUUAUCAUAUUACUGGACCAUUGAGUGAAAUACAAAUAGCAUACAUGUGUCGUGAGACACUUUUGGGACUGGCUUAUUUACAUGGAAUGGGAAAGAUGCACCGAGAUAUAAAAGGUGCAAAUAUAUUAUUGACAGAAUCUGGUGAUGUUAAAUUGGCAGACUUUGGAGUUUCUGCCCAAAUAACAGCAACAAUCAAUAAAAGAAAAAGUUUUAUUGGGACACCAUAUUGGAUGGCACCAGAGGUUGCGGCUGUUGAAAGAAAAGGUGGAUACAAUCAAUUGUGUGAUAUUUGGGCAUGCGGUAUCACAGCAAUAGAAUUAGCAGAAUUACAACCUCCGAUGUUCGACCUUCAUCCAAUGCGAGCACUAUUUCUUAUGUCUAAGUCAGGAUUUAAGCCUCCUACAUUAAAGGAUCGCGAUAAAUGGAGCCCGACGUUUCACAAUUUUGUUAAAAUCGCGUUGACUAAAAAUCCUAAGAAACGACCGACUGCAGAAAAAUUAUUACAGCAUGCAUUUUUUCAAGGAGAAAUGAGUAAAAGGCUGGCAUUAGAAUUAUUACAAAAAGUAUCAAAUCCAAGUCAUAUGUUUACUGAUUUAGAGGCUGAUGAAGAUGGAGCUGUGCCAAAUGUACCUCAGAGAAUAGCUUCAAGACAUACAUCAAGACCUAGACCAAAGAGUCCUAUUUCUCAAUUAGACAGUGAUGAUCGAAUUAUUCUUGAUAGUGGAACACUACAAAGAGACGACGCAUCACCGCCAAUUGACGGUGGUAACCCUGUUUGGGAUAUCAUGGAUAUCAUGAAUAAUGUUAAGACUGUCCAUAACUGUGAUGUUCAUCCCGAUUGCGGUAUCGGUACAGCAUUUGAUGACGUCCAAGAAAAGAGUCUAUUGCAGUACAUUGAUGAGGAGUUGUUGCUAAGGGGAAAUGCAAUGUCAAUGGUUGAUGGUCAUUGUGACCAGCUAUACUCCCUGCAGGCAACGCUCCCACUCGGUGAAUCCUCGGACAAAUGCGAAGUCCAUCGAGGCUUCUAUUCAAAUUUAGCGGGGUCACAAGCGAGUCCCAGACGUCACAGCUCUGUGGACGAGUUGUAUGGUUUAGUGAGCGGUUCCUUGUCUUUAUCAUCAAUCAAUGGUCAACGUCAACGUUCGUUGUCAGACAGUGGGCCUAGAGAUGAUUCUCCGCGGUACAAUGGUGAUAGAGAGUCAACGGGUAAUGGCGAUGAAGAAGGUAUUGGACCAGAUUUAUUGUCUGAUACACCACCAGUACCACCAAGAAGAAGGGAUAGAAAGAGACAUACUCCACCUAGACCAACAAGUAAUGGUUUACCUCCAACACCAAAAGUUCAUAUGGGAGCUUGUUUUUCAAAAGUAUUUAAUGGAUGUCCAUUAAGAAUACACUGUACAGCUAGUUGGAUCCAUCCUGAUACAAGAGAUCAGCAUUUAUUGAUAGCCGCUGAAGAGGGUAUUUAUAAUUUAAAUCUUAACGAAUUACAUGAAACAGCAAUUGAUCAGUUGUACCCAAGACGUACAAUAUGGAUGUACGUCAUCAAAGAUGUCCUUAUGUCUUUAUCAGGAAAAACACCACAACUAUAUAGGCAUGAUUUAUUAGCAAUGCAAAGUAAACAAACCCACAGGUUUUCGUUGCAUAUGAAUAAAAUACCUGAGCGGUUGGUACCGCGUAAAUUUGCACUCACUACUAAAGUACCAGAUACUAAAGGUUGUAGUAAAUGUUGCGUCGGAAGAAAUCCAUACAAUGGAUACAAAUAUUUGUGUGGUGCGACUCCUGCUGGUAUAUUUUUAAUGCAAUGGUAUGAUCCUUUGAAUAAAUUUAUGCUGCUAAAACACUUUGACUGUAUAUUACCUUCGCCAUUAAAUGUAUUUGAGAUGAUAAUAACACCAGAUAUGGAGUAUCCGAUGGUUUGUGUAUCAGUUAAACAGGCUUAUCAACAAAAUAAAUUAAAACUUGAUUUAAUAAAUAUGAAUUCUGGUGCCAGUUGGUUUCAUAGUGAUGAAUUGGAAGAUAUCGAUGGCUCUGCCACUGUAAUUCCAAGGCGAGAAAAUUUACAUGUGAUUAAUGUUACGCAAUUUGAAAAAGAUUCUAUUCUCAUUUGCUACGACAAUGUUGUUAAGUUUGUAACAUUACAAGGCAAACCACGUACUAGUAAAAAACAAUUAUCUGAACUACAGUUCAAUUUUCAAAUUGAAUCAAUAAUUUGUUUGCCUGAUAGUCUACUCGCAUUUCAUAAACAUGGAAUGCAAGGAAGAAGUUAUAAAAAUGGUGAAGUAACACAGGAAAUAAGUGAUCCCAGUAGGACGUAUAGGUUACUUGGCUCUGAUAAAGUUGUAAUGUUAGAAAGUCAUUUAGUUCAUUCAGGAACAUUAAGUGAAACAGAAGGAGCUGAUCUGUAUAUACUUGCUGGCCAUGAAGCCAGUUAUUGAAAAAAUAAAAAAUAAAAAAACGCCUUUACUUCUGCAUGCCAAUAAAUUUUAAAAAACGGGUUUGUGCAUCAACGCAUCAUUGAAAAAUUGAAUGAAAAAGAAAAAAAAAUAUAAAUAAAUACGAUCAGCUGAAUAAGCAAACUCGUGGAGUUGAGCUAAAUAACUUGCGUUUUCCAUUUACACAAAAUGGAGGCGAUUUAAAUAAAAUAGGUAAAUAAAAUUUAAAAUAAUAUGUAAAUUUGUGAUUUACGUCUUCGUAUAUUAUUAAAAAUAUUCAGAUUUUUAAUUGCUGGGAUAAUGUGAUAGAUAUUAACGAUUCCAGUUGUAAAGACAAGCUGUUAUUUUUCAUUUGAACUCUUAUUAAUUUUUUUUUUUUUACUUUGUUUAAAAAAGAAAAAAUUUUUUUGCACAUCCAAUUAAAUUAGACGAGAUUUCGUGAGAGAUUAAUAUUUAAAUUUUAUUUUAAUCUAUCGGUAGAUUAUUAAUUUUUUUAUAUUAAUUAUAAUUCAAUUUUUAAUCGACCAAAGUUUAAAUUUAAAUUAUUUUUAAAAAGCUUACAGGCUGGUAAAUAUUUUAAACAAAUAUAUUUUUUUUAAACUGCAAAUACUGAGAGCUUAAUAAUAAAAUUUAAAAAAACUAUCGAGGAAAAAUAUUUUUCUAAUCUAAAAUUUAUUACAGUCGACUACCCGUCAUAAGUCUGCCCUUCAUAAGCCUCUUCCCCUCAAUCGGGAGUUACUGAGUUCAAACAACUUCCCCGACUUAACCACUCCAAGGAGUUUCGUACCAGAGAGCCCGUUAUAAGCCUCCGUUAAAAUUAUCAAAAUUAUAAACUAAGAAUAGGAAAAGUAGACAAAUUAAUAAUGAAAAUUUACUAUCUAUGUUUCGCGGAUAAUUUAAUCAUUAUUAAGUAAAAUAUAAUUUAUUGUUCAUAAUUGUAAUCAUUAAUUAUAUUCCCAGCUUCUGUUACAAUUGAAAAGUUUUAUUGAGCAUUAAGUUCAUCAGUAAAAUUAUUAUUUUUAUUAUUACUGUAAUCAAUACCGUCAUCAUUAUAAUUUUUUGCAUUAUAAUUAUCAUUAGUGAAAAAAGAUAAGUAUUUAUUUCAGCGCUAUAAGCAGCAGGAAAAUCGGGAUAGUCGCGUAUGUAACAAAAUGUAAAUAUGACGUUUAAAAUUAUAUAAAAUAAAACAGGCUUAUAACGGGUAAUCGAGAACAAAACUAAAUGCACUGUAGUGGGAAGACUGAAAUUCUAAAAAAAACUUCCCCUACGUCCCCUAUACCAGGCUUAUUGCGGGUAGUCGACUGUAAAUUAAUUAAUUGCUGGUAAAAAAAAAAAUUAAAGCUCAGAGUAUUUAAAAAUUUAUUUAAAAUUUAAAAAUAUUGCAUUUGUAUUUAAUGAGUUUUUUUUUAAAUACUGAGUUAAUUAUAACACACGAUCUAUAUAAAUCUUUUGAUCUUUAUCUCAAUGAGUUUUUAAAAUUUAAAGAUCAAAAGAAAUGUAUACACGUGUCUGGUAAUAAACUUGAAGAUGUCAAUUUUUUUUUUUUUUGUAAUAUGAAAUAUCUAAUGGAUUCAGUUACACA